AUGUUUUUGUACCAAUUUAUUGUAACACCCUUUACAUACGGUCCCAAAGGAACAGGAUUGAAUCGAUUUCCGACAGGACAAGAAUAUGUCUCCGGUCGUACGCAACGUAUUGUCGCCAAUGUAUUGGACAAAGGGUUCGGCGACCGGAAAGCCGACGACGAGUUUCGCACACUUCUGGACAAUGCCUUCAAAGGAAAGGAUGACUCGAAUAGAGUGGACGACGACUUAUGGCGCGGAUUCGCUGUAUUCACGAUGACUACAGACGGCAACCGAUUUCAACAGAUCUCGAGACACAUUGCGAGACAAUCGGCACAAAACAAACCCAGCAUUUGGUUUAUGUUUACCGGUUUGCGAACAAUUGUUUUGCAUUCAGUGCCGGCAUUGAUGACAAUCCCUGCGUUUAAAGCAUCGGUGAAAACAUCGGCCCUAAUACUGUCCUCUUUAGGCGUCGACGGCAUCGAGUGUUUGACCGAAACUAUUGCGAGGAAUGAAUAUAAUACGCAAAAUAUUUAUCGUCUUUUUAUCGCAACGGCUGUCUAUCACAUGGCGUUCGUCGACGCUCUGCGCGCCGUAGGGAUCACUGCCGACGGAUAUUUAGGCGAAUCAUUGGGCGAACUCAUGUGCCUAUAUAUGGACGGUCUGUGCGAUCGGCGCAAGUGUCUGGCCAUUUGUCGAGCUAUUGAACCGCCAACGAGUGAGCACAUGUUAUGGACAUUAAUCGCGAGAAACUCGUCGCACGAGAUUCAACGCCAUUGCAUGAAUAAGCAUGAUAUAUGUGUGUUCGCACACUUUGCCGACACCUAUAUUGUCUUAAUGGGUACGGAAGCGGCUGUACGUGAGUUGGGGGAUAUGUUAACUGGUUUGGGCACCGAAGUGGUUAAUAUUAGCCCAAAACACCAGUUUUUGCACACAGGUAAUAUGUUUGUGCCUUAUAUGGGCCAAGAACUACUCUACCAAUUGACCAAGGUGGUGCCCGAGCGAAUAAUGAACUCUAAGCCCAGCGAUCGUUGGCUCUCAACAUCACAGCUUAUGGUCAAAACCGGUGGCACUGCCGCCGGUUUUUCUGCGGCCGAGAGUUUUGUCAAUACUUUGUUGUCUCCCGUAUUGCUUAAGGAAGCGGUCGAUCGCUUGCCCGCCGACGCACUCGUCGUUGAUAUCGCUAUUGAUUCCGAUUUGAGGGACAUUGGGCUCAGCGGUAGAGUACAGGAGCGGUACGUUCGGCAGUCGGAGUCGAGUCCGGAGCCGAUAUUUGGUAUCAAUCAUUUGUUACGUGAGAUCGGACUCGUGUUUACGGCCGGACACUGGCCUCGGGUUCACGAUUUGCAAGCAAGCAUUUAA